CGUAUCAAGAAAUUUCCUUUUUAUUUUGAAUGGAUGAACUUGGAACAAGACUACCGUAACUCUGAUACCUUUGUCCUCUCAGUACUCUUUCAGGAGAAUUCAUAAACGCUUCCGCAUGCGCCACCCUCUGUCAAAAUCCUCUCUUUCUUCAAGAUUCACCGUUUUUGGCCCCUUAAUCCAACUGGGUUCUCUUCAAUUUCUCGUAAUGGGUUCUCUUCACUUCCGCUAGAUUAUCCAAUCCCCAAUUCGUUUUGAUCAUUAUUGGAAGGAUUUUCAUUUUCUUCAAUGGAUUUUGGAGGUGGGAACAGUCAUUAUCGAGUGUGAUCGAUUUUGGGUUGACCUUUUGAUGUGUGACGAUGAUUUCUAUGUCUCAAUUGGUUCAGUGUGUGCCAUUGUUUUUUUUUUCAUGAAUUUGUAGAUUCUGAAUCUUAUUUAGCUGUAGAUCACUGCUAAAUUCUUGGAGGGAUUAAAUUUUAAUUUGUGGGGUUUAGGAGAUCAAGGGUGUUUUAUUUUUUUGAAUUUUGUGGGAAUUUAUUGCUUUUGCUGCAUGAUUGAUUGGUUGGUUUUGGGUGAGGAUCUAGAGAGGUUUUGGUGAUUUGUUUUGUUGUUACUGGUGGGUGUGGUGAAUGUUGUUUGUGUAAUUUGUUGGAUUGCAAUGUCUGGCGGAACACCGGUUAAGGGAGGUGGAUAUAUGAGGCAGAGGCAUAGCCAGGGAUAUGGCAGUAGUGGUGAUGACUUGGAGGAUGAUGCAUGCUCCAGGCACCGUCCUUUUUCGCCUCCAAGUCCUCCGCGCAGGACAUGGAUUGAGAUGCUGGAGAAUUUUCUUUGGCUUGCUUCAGCAGCUUUUGUUCUAUACUAUGGUGAUCAGCAUUCCAAUAUGAUAUAUCUCCUGUGCUAUGACGAUCGAAUUAGAAGACUGCCUUUAUAUCUUGGGCUGAUAGGUAUUGGUUUGAACACAUUGAUAUUCAUUUAUACAAGUAUCUUAGCUUGGAGUGUUCGAAGGUUUGAUGAAAAAUGGGGAUUAAAGAAGUGGGAAAUAACAAGUAUCACUGCGUUGCCAUUCGCCACUGUAUUUGGAAUCAUCUCUUUUUGCAUGUUCUCCUUUGCUUUGUGGCCAAUAUGGAGUUUCUUGACGCUUCCUCUUCUGUUUACACUAUUCAUGGCAUGCAUGGUAGUAAUCCCUUAUCUCAUUUUCGGGACACUACGGCCUCAAUAUGAUGAACUCCGUACAGAUUAGGCCUCACGAUUCAAAUGAGGAAUAGUACUGACAUAGAUAAAGAGUUUCUAACCCAUGUCAACGAUUGAUUGGUAGAUGUUUCUUUGUGGUGGUUUGAAGUUUUGUCUCCAAGUAGCAUCAUUGAUGUACUUACCUGUUAUUGGUCUUUGUUUGCUACACUCACAGAUAUAGGACUUCCGGUUUAGGGUUUAGUUCUAUCAAUUGGAUGCUUUCUGUUGAUGAUAUCUUCACAGGUUUUUUGCACAAUCCGUUUGUGUAUGUGUUUAUUUUCUGCUGCAUCUUCAUGUUAAAAGAGAGGAGCUCAAUAUUUCUGAUUCAUUACUCAAGUCUAAAAUGUUAUGAGGAAUUUAUUUGCCCGGUUCCCGUUGAA